AUGGCUCAUCUCGCACGGCGGCCAGCUGGAAAGCUGAUGGAAGUCGUGGUGAAGUCCGUGGAGAACAUAAAACCAGCAUCGUCGUCGUCGGGAUUCGAGAUCAGAAAGCCGUAUAACCUCUGCCUCCUCGACCAGCUCAUGAGCUCUAUCUACACUUCAUUCGUCUUCUUCUACCCUGCUUCGUCGGCGGCAAACAGCCACGGACCAGCUUCACCGCCGGCCGACCAACUGAAAGCCUCACUGUCCAAGACCCUGAAUCCAUUCUACCCGCUCGCCGGGCGGGUGAGGGACAAUCUCGUCAUCGACAACUUCCAAGCCGGCGUCCCGAUCUCCGAAGCUCGAGUCGCCGGCCGAACCCUCUCGGAGUUCCUAUCGCCCCCUGACCUCGACCUGCUCGGCGAAUUGGUCCCGUUCGAGCCACUGUGCGUUCUCCAGACACCGAGCACCGAAUUCGACGACCAUCCGCAGCUCGCCGUCCAGGCGAGCACGUUCGACUGCGGAGGGACCGCAAUCGGGCUCAACUUUCACCACAAGAUCGCCGACGGGGGCACCAUCACCGCGUUCCUCGAGAAUUGGGCCGCCAAUGACAAAAAAAUCGGCGGCUCAAAAUCAAAUCACGAACAACUGCCGGAUCUGAACAGAGCAUCCUCUGUUUUCCCUCCCAGACGGUCCAUCCCGCCGCGAAUCGCCAGCUUCAACGCCGAAUUGCUCUUCCAGAACCUCCGGAGGACGGCCACCAGGAGAUUCGUGUUCGGCGGGGAAGCCAUCGCGGCGCUGAGAGGCAGAGCCAGGGGCAUCGGAUUGGAGAAUCCGAGCCGCACGGAGACAUUGUGGGCUUUCCUGUGGGAAUCCGCAAUUCGCGCUUCACAGAAUGAAGAACAGCUGCAAUGUUUCGCGAAUAUUGUUAGCAUCAGGAAUCGAAUGGGCCGGCGUCUGUGCAGAAACACGAUUGGGAAUAUGUUUGCAACCCCAAUUGCGUUCCGCAGCGAGGGCAGAGGAGGAGGAAAACAGAGGGAGACGAUGAAGGAGCUGGCGGAGGUUAUAAGGCGAUCGGCCCAGGGAGUCGACGAAGCUUACCUCGAUUCCAUCUCCGGGGAGGGAGGGAGUGAGGUCAUGUUUGACGCGAUGAAUCGGUUGGCAGGAAGAAUCGGUGGUAGCCAUGAGGUUCUGGCGGGGACGAGCUGGCUGCAGUUCGAUCUGCUCCGUAGUUUCGAGCUGGCCGGAUUGGGGAAACCGGUUUGGGUGAGCAUGAUGGGAGGGGCCAGAGGGGAUAGACGUUGUGUGGAGAAUUGCAUGAUCUUGAACGAGCUGGCCGGCGGCGAAGUUGCUGGUGGUGGAAUGGUGGAGGCAUGGGUAAGGCUAGACGAGGAAAUCAUGGCUGGUCUUGAACGCGACCCGGGAUUUCUUGAAUUUGCUUCUCAUAAUCCUGCUAUCGUUGUUACUUGAUUUGGGUGCACAAUUGUUUUUUUUUUUUUUUCUGUUUCCACCGAUGACUUCUCCGGUGGGUUGGCCACCGGAGGUCUUAUCUUAAGGUCUCUCAUCUCAUCAUGUGGUGAACGGUCUUCACUUUACGUCCGUUUGUUCGUGUUUUGUUUUAAUGAAUAAGUGGUGGCUAUCUUGGUCUGAACGUUUGGC